AUGGUCAUGAAAAUGAAAUCUUGGCCAGCAACUCGCGCAAGGAAGCAGAAAGAGGAAUCAGGCCCCUCUUAUUUGAUGGAAUUGCCCACCGAGCUACUACUGGAGAUUAUUUCGCAUCUGACUCUAAUCCCGGAGGCCGCUUUUGCCUUGACCUGCAAACGCAUGUUCACCAUCUCCGGAGAAAUUCUGUUUUCAAAAUCUUUACGGUUUACUCGGGACUUUGCGCCUCUGUUCCAUCACUACCGGAAUGGUCACAACUUUGUUACUCCACGCUGGCAGUUUAUGACCUUACUGGAGGAUUCCCGGUGGCGACUAUGCUCCAAGUGCCUGAAGCUGCACCCCCGAUCCGCGUUUUCAUCCCGGGAACUACGACUCAAACCCGAUGCCCGUACAUGCAACUUGGGCGAGCUAGCGGGUAUUGUCGAUCUGUGUCCGUGCAAAAAGUUGACAUUCCGCGACAAGCUGGACCUCACAGAUAAUCUGCGAGUACGACAGACCGCCCUGAGCGCCCUGGGAACACAAUUUGGAAGCACGGUCCCGGAACGAUACUGCUGGCACACAUGUACUGAGCAGUAUGGUCCCACGGAGCUCAAGGUUUCUCUGUUCCCCGAACUUAACGAGGAGAAUCAACUGGUUGUCCGUACAGAGUACCAGCUCACCACCGAGUCGGGCCAGGUGGGCAAGGAAGAAUAUAUGACCCCUCGAUUCGGUUGCGCUCAUCGAUCCGUCGACCUCUGGGUCUCAAGUGUUUAUCAAACUACCAUCUGUCGACUCUUUGACACAGUCUGCACCUCCUGUCGAAGGAUCUCGGUCUGCGCUACCUGCAAUACCACACUCAAGUGUCAUCGAAAACAGUCGUUUCAAAUAGACACAUCCGGCAGGGUCACUUAUUCCUUCCAAACUGAAAGGUGCUUGGGAGGCACUGGAUCACAGCCCGAUUCAAUCUGGGCUGCCCAGAGGAUUCAUCCAGCCGAACCCUCCAUCAGCGUGGAGAAUUGUAAUGAGCUCUGUCCCUGGACAGUGCGAGAGCACCCCCCUCUCAACUUCACGCCAAGCAUAGACGAAGAAGUACUCUCACCAGGCAGUGAUGAGCGACCAAUCGACUCAUUAUAUUCAUCAAUUCGCAUGCUAUGA